AUGGCGGGGGAAGAGCUGGCGCGCAUCCCAUCUUGGGGAAACGAUCCCCGAAGAAAGGGCGACUAUGAACUUGCAAGUCCUUGCGAUCCUGUGGACAUCCCGCAAACUCUGCUCGAGCCGGUGCUGACUCGGUUUGCGUCGCAUCAUGGCUUCGUCGUCAGGUUCAACACCAAACUUGUGUCCUGGAAACAUGACCCCUCGGACGGAAAGUAUUUGGUCAACGUCUGGGAUGACCUUUCCAAGAUCCACUUCUCGAUACGAACGAAGUAUAUCUUCGGGGCUGACGGCGCCCGCAGCCUCACAAUCAAGACGCUUCAGAUUCCACUCAUUGCCAAGUCCGGGGGCGGUCUCGCAAUCAACGUACUGGUCAAAGCCGACCUUUCCCAUUUGAUGGAACACCGGAGCGGGAAUCUGCACUGGUUGAUGCAGCCUGACGUUGAUCAUCCGGAGUUUGGCUGGAUGGGCAUUGCACGAAUGGUGAAGCCAUGGUUCGAAUGGAUCUUCAUCCUCUUUCCCAGUCCCGGCUUCGAUGCAUCCGUCCCAAUUUCAAACGAGGCAUACAAAGGCCGCAUUCAAACGUUGAUCGGAGACGACACCAAUGUCGACAUCCUCUCGGUUUCUAGAUGGUAUGUUAAUGAUAUCGUCGCUGAGAGAUACUCAGAGGGUAAUAUAUUCUGCCUAGGUGACGCAGUUCACCGCCACCCUCCAAUGAAUGGACUUGGUUCCAACACCUGCAUUCAGGACGCUUUCAACCUGGCAUGGAAAGUUGCAUAUGUGGAAAAGGGCUUAGCGGGCCGCUCGCUUCUCGAUACCUACAACACCGAGAGACAACCAGUAGGAGUCAGCAUUGUGUCUCAAGCCAACGACUCCUUUCGAAAGCACUCCGCAGUUUGGAAGUCCUUCGGAAUGAUGGAACAAACAGUCGAAGAGCGCAGUGACGUCUUCAAGCUACUUUUGAGCCCUACAGGGGAGGGUCGAAAGGCACGCGAGAGCUUCCGUCAAGCCAUCACCGCUACGGCGCAUGAGUUUCACGGCCUCGGUAUCGAAAUGAACCAGCUCUACUCCAGCUCAUGUAUCUAUGUCAAGGAUGAGCCUCUUCCUUACUGCCCUUCCGAAAGAGCAGCCGAGGACGAUGUCGCGUACUACGACCCAAGCACGUAUCCGGGCCGCCGCUUGCCGCACGCCUGGCUCAACAGAGCGAUCCCAAGCAAAAUGGUGUCGACGAUUGACCUUGCCGGUCACGGAGCCUUCACUAUACUUACUGGGCCAGGAGGUAUGCUAUGGAAGGAGGCGGCAAAGGCUGUGGCCGCGGCAAGGGGCUGUGAGAUCAAGGUUUGGUCGGUAGGUUUUCGACAGGACUGGGAAGAUGUGUAUUUCGAUUGGGAUCGACUGAGGGGUGUUGAGGAGUCCGGUGCGGUGUUGGUCCGUCCUGACCGCUUUGUAGCCUGGAGAGCGCGCAAGGUAUCGAAUGACUUGGACAGCUGUGUUGAGAAGUUGUCGGAGGUAAUGAGGGUCAUUCUGGAUCCCGGCGACACAUAA